AUGGGAAGAGAGGAAGGAAAGAAGGCUACCUACAGCGAAGUCAUGAGAAGAAAUGGUGAAGAACAGAGAGAAGAAGCGGAAGAAGACUGGGGACAGGAGGUGAGUGGAGUAAGUGUGGAUAAGGGGGAGGAAAGAAAAGAAGAAGAAGGUUGGAGACAGGUUAAAAGAGGAUUUAAGCCUGCCUGUUUGAAUGAGAAGGUGGAUGGUAUUAUAAUGGGGAAUAGGUUCAUAUGCCUAGAAUGCAAGGAGAAGACGGAGGAAUUGAAAAGGGAGGGUAAGAUACAGAUUAUGAGGAGGAUUCCACGUGAUCGGUAUAUGGUGGGAGAGGAGCCGGAGGGCGAUUGUGAUUGUGAAAGGUUAGAGUGGGCAUUAAACAAGGAUGAGAUGGAGAAGGAAAGGAGGAGAGCAAGGAGAGGGAAACAGAUGAAUAGGGAAUGGUUGGCGGAGCUAGAGAAGAGGAAGGAGGAUGAAAUCCUGGAGGAAUUUAUGAAGAUGCUGAGGGAAAAGAAUCUUGAAGGGAAGUUCCACGAGAUUAUAGAAGUUGAUCCAAGGACAAGAGAAAGACUACGGAGAAGAGCAGAAAGAGAGAGGGAGGAGUUAAGAAAAAGGAAGGAGGAGGAACAGAUAGAGGAGGUCAUGCUCAGGGAAAGCUGGAGGAGGCCAAGAGAAAAGAGGGACGAUCUGCAAGGGAAGGUGAAUGAGCAAGGGCGAAAGAUGUCAGAGGAUGGAGAAGAAAAAGAGGUAGGAGAACUAAAGGAAGAGGUGAUAAGAGAUGAAGACAAGAAGAAGGAAGAGGAGGACAAGGAGAAGAAGAUGGAAGAUAAGGAUGAAGUUGUAGUGGCAAGAGGGGUAGAAGUGUUGGUGGAAGUUGGAAGGGGGGAUUUAGGAAAAAUGGAAGAAGCGUUUCGCAAUAAGCUUAAGGAGAGACAUAGGGAUGUGAUGAGUACAAUAGGAAAAGGAAAAAAAGAAGGAGAAAAAAAGAGGGACAAUAAGAAGGGGUAUUGCGGUAUGAGAGGGGAAUUGGGAAUAGAUUGUAAGAUAGAAAUAAGGAUAGGUUUAAGUGCGUGUGCGGGUAAAAUAGUAGUAAAUAAGAGAGGUAAGAUAGUAGAUAAAAGGUUUAGGGUUUGUAGUGUAAGAUAUGCGAGCGGAGAAGGGUGCGAGUAUGGAAAGAGAGGAGUUCUGGAAUGUUGGAUGAUGAACGUAACGUCUGUGCUCGAUCAGGAGGAAGAGUUGUUUACUUGA